AUGGCACCGACGCAGCUCAGCAUUGUGCUGGAGCGCCUGCUCAACGAACUCGGGAUAGCCGACCUCAGUACGUUCGAGGCUGAGUGCUCGACGCGAUCCGAAGCACCGCUGCAGCCGCAGAGGCUGAGGGCACUCGCGUCGGCGCGGGAUGAGCUUGCUGCGGCACAAGAGCUGAGGCGCUCCGACUGCGACAACCUGAGGAGAGCGCAGCAGGCUGCUAAACGCGACAUCAAAGCGGCCGAGCGGAUGGCCGACCAGGCAAAUCAUGCAGCUCGAACUGAGUGUGAGUGGCGUAUCGGUGAGAUGCGGGCCAAGAUGCAGGCCGAGCUGCGCGAGCAGCUCGACGCGCUGCAGAUUUCGAUGGAGGCAGAGGCGAGGCGCGCUGAUGCCGCAGAGGCGGAGAGGUCAAGGCUGUACGACAAGAUGGAGGGGAUUAUGCGCACGCGUGAGGGGUUCAUAGACGCACUCGCAGAGGCGCAGCGCAAGCGCCGCGAACAUAGUUAA